AUGGGAGUGAUGCUGCGAGCAGCCCUGCUCCUGAGCUCCCUUCUCCAGUGCAGCGCUUUUCUGGAACUGAGUGGCUCCAGUGAGAUCAAAGGUGUCUGGAAGGACUCUAUCACUCUGCCUUGUGCCUAUGUGCCUGUGGAGGAUCUUGUGCAGCAAACCCUCACCUGGAGUGUGGUACAUGACAAGGGUUCAGGCACCAUCCUUCGGAGGGAUAGCUCUGGUGACCACAUCCUCCUGUCUGAGUACAGGGACAGAGUCAGCAUCCCAAAGGAUGUCCCAGGAAAUGUGUCUCUCCUCAUCCUGAGCCUGGAGAUCUCUGACAGAGGGACCUACACUUGCCAUGUCACCUGGAGAGACAGCAACAACAGCCUGAUAGCAAAGGCAAUCACCACCAGUUUGGAGGUUGUUAAAGUGGCAGCCACCAAGCCCAUCAUCAGAGCGGAGCCGGGGCUGACGCUGCCGGCCGGAGCCAGCGCCAGCCUGACCUGCGAGGCCAGCGGCUCCCCUCCCAUCAGCUACCGCUGGUUCCGCAGCUCCCCGGCGGCCACAGCCCAGCUCCCGAGCAGCGGGGCUGAGCUCGCCUGGUCCAGCCUGCGGCCCUCGGACAGCGGCUCGUACUUCUGCGAGGCGGAGAACAGGGCUGGGGCCGGCGCCGUGCAGCGCAGCGAUGCUGUGCAGCUCACGGUGACAGAUCUGCCCACAACAACAGCAACCUUGCAGAGGAGUGUGGUAACCACAGGGGGACACCACUCAACCAUAGGUGGAGGGCUGGAAAUGCACUGUCAGACUUUAACUCAUGUUUGUUUAGCAGAACUGCCCAUAGCAGCAACGACUUCUGAGAGUGGUGUGGGAUACCCAAGGAAGAAUGAAACAAUUAGUGAUUCCCAGAGGACUGGCUUGCCCCUGUACCUGGUCGUCCUGAUUGCUGUGGUGUGUGGUGCUGUGGUUUUCCUUGUCAUCUCUCUCAUCAUGUGCGUUAGAAAGCCCAAAGAUGCUCAAGUCUAUGACGUAAAAUUCCAUAACUCAAGAGCAGCAGCUUCUUCAAACACGCAUCACUAUGAGGAACCCAUCUGCGCCACUGAAAACAACUAUGUGAUGGAGCUUGGGGAGAGCAAAACCUCUGAAGAAGUAAAUAAGAAUGUGUCUGACUGUGUUGCAACCCCCCAGGAAUCCGAGUAUGAAGUAGGGGACACUUCCUGAGAGCCAACAAUGCUCUGCAGAUACCAGUCCUGAGGAACACUUUCACCCAGACAAAAUACAUAUUUUUCACUUUUGCCCCUGACAAAUAGGUUGGACAAGCAGUGGCUGUUCUCCCUUCACACUAUCCCUGCAGUGAAAAUGAACAUCUUGUCAGGAAUCUGCUGUAUAGAACUCCUGAUUCUGUUUACCUUGAUUCCCUCUCACCACCUCUAUCCAAGAAAGCCCUCUGAAAGCUGCAGCAUGCAGGUCCCAGGCUAGAGCACUGUACUGAAAUUACUGCUUUCUCUGGCCAAAAGGACCAGUGUUCCCAGCCUUUGUGUGGUGCAAGGAGAGCCAGCACUGAGGGCUGCUCAGCAUCCCCCUCCCUCUGGGUGAACAGGGCAGGAUGGGGCUGGCUUGGGAGUUGAUGGUUCUUCUCCUGCCCACCUGCUGCUGCACAGAUUUAACAUGAGAGACCUUCUAGAAACACUGAAAGGCAGAUUAAAGCCAAGAGAAACUCAGGAACCUGCCACCCUAGGAGAAGCAAGAGUGGCCUGUGCAGUCCUUGUGCUGCCCUUGGUCCCCUCUGCAGCCCUGCAGAGAGGUCUGGACACCCUGGCCACAGCUCUGGGUGCUUCUGGCACUGCAACCAGGCACGUUCUGACUGAGCUCAGGUUCUGUUCUCUCUUGAAAGGUAUGAUGGAUAUUUGAAAGAAGUUAGAUACUUUUCCAUAAGUUUGGGGUAGAAUUGCUUACACAUGCCUCACAUAUUUUGCUGUGUGCAUUUCUGCACAGCUGGCUCAUUUUGCCACUCACAGCCCCUCACUAGGUGCUCAAGAAGUACCUUCCUCCCAGAUUAAAAGGCCUGCAGGGUACGUUAUGAAUAAUUUCUGUGGCCCUGAGUAAAUCUAUCAUGCAGAAUUUCAGAAGAACCUUUUUAUAGCAAACAGGGCAAUCCUGUGUUACAUUAAAAGCCAUGCAGGCAGAUGCAAAACUGAGAGUGACCUGAGGGAUGAGCAAGACAUUGGUAACACAGGCACAGGAUUAAUGGGCCCCUGGCUGUGCUGCUCACACUGAGGACAGCUCUGCAGCUGCAGAUCUCUGAGCAUCAGUUCAAAACUCAGCAGAAAUCAAAGGGAGUGUGAAGUGUUAAUGGAAAGGUAUUCCAGUCAAAAAACAGGAUUGUGGUAGUGUAAAGCCCCUGGAAUGUUGCUAAUUUCUGUAUGCAUGUUGGCCUCAUCUUGGGUUUAGCAGAGCAAAAAAAGUUACUGAGGAGAAGAAACAAAUGAGCAAAGUGUUCCCACAGGGGUCAGGGCUGAGAAGGUAAAGGGGCUACUUGUUUACAGCUUCUCUGAAAAGGAUGCAGAACGUAGUGAUAAUUGUCUGGUAGCACUUCCAAAGGGCAAGGAAAAGAACUUCUUUGCAUGCAACACAGAAAUAAAUGUGGAACACAGUACUGCUCACCCGAGGCUGAGAGCCAGGGCUGUAAUGGGAAAUUAGAGGGAUUAAUGAUUUAUUUAAGAGUUCAUCAGAAUGCACAAACUACCAGGCACGCUUUCCAGGCACUUAUGAGUGACCUUAUACUUUCUCCUGUCCUACAACUUUUAUUUUUCUUUGUGAAGAAUGUACUUAAAAAUCAAGGGCUGGGACAUCUUGAUCUCUGAAUGAAGAGGGAAUACCUGGCAGCUGCUGGUGCUGUCAUGGAGAAAACUGUCACUAUGCAGCUAAUUGUAGAUGUGGAGAAAAUAGGUCUGAGUGUGAGGUCAGAGGAGGCAGGAAGGACAUGUUAGAAGGUGCUGGAGCAUAGCCCAUCCAUCUGAACUCCGUCUGACUGCUGUGGUCACCUGAAAUGACCUGCAGUGCUCUUCAUCUUCAGGGUCAGGGUGUGGCCAGAGCUCCAGCUGGAGAAGGGAGCACUGAGGGAGGGCAGAGAUGCAGAGAGAAAGGGUGACCCACUGAGGGACAGGGUGGUCAGUCACACCAUGGUCUGAGCUCUCACUGCUGAAACCCCAUGGGAAAUGGCUGCCAGGAAUCCCACAGCUUGCCCCAAAAUCACUCAAUUCCAGCUGUACUGCAAAGCCACAGGCACUACAGCCCUGCCAAUGUGGUUAAACAGCAGUGUUAUCCUGGCUGGACAGCCAGCAC